GUUUCGUUUUCGUUGCAUAUUGGGGCAUGGGAAUGAGGAUUCGGAGAAAUAUUAUUUAUCCCUGCUUACAAUUAGGAAAUUCCCCUUUGGGGAUUAAUUAUUAGAGUUAUUUUGAUAAUAAUUAUGUUUAGAUUAAUGUUUCGGCCAGCACUAAGGACUAGAAGGACUGUCGAAGUGUGAGUGAAGAGUGUUUCGGGUUGAUUGUUAUCAAAUCUAUGUGAAUUCUACACAAAUCAUGUGAAUUAUUGUAAACACUGUCUUAUUAUAGCCAGAGGCGUUAUGACCUGCGUUUGUGUGUGUGUCCAGUGAAUAAACUAUAUUAAGUAUUUAAAAAUGAAUGAGAAGAAAAUUGAGAAAACCUUCAAGAGCUACAUCAAUGUGUCUCCAUCAAAGAACAACGGAGACAGAAAUGGAUCAGUUCAAGAAGUAAAGCCCAAGCUGCUGAAUGGUGAGCUGAUAGUGGGCGCGGCGCACAGUGUGGUGCUCCUGGCGCCGCUCAGCGACCGCGACCACGGCCGCUUCGGCUCGCUGUUCGUCACCAACUACAAGCUUGCGUUUGUGCCACUAGAGAAGUCAGUCGACGAUGAAUGCAGUCAACGCAACCACCUCCUCGGUCCGUACGAAGCGGCACUCACAAGCGUGGGCGCCGUGUGGCUCACGGACGGCGGGCCGGUGCGGCGGCGGCGGCUGCUACCCAAGGGAGACAUGCCGGGGAAGGUUAAAGGACUACAAGUUAUAUGCAAGAACAUGAAAGUCCUCACAUUCAGUUUUGCCAAUUCGCCAAUCGGCCACGGCCGCAAAGUCGCCAUGGCGCUCAUCCACCACGCCUUUCCAAAACGUCACGAUCUACUCUUCGCCUUCGAGUACAAGGAACCUUACUACCCCACCCUGCCCUCCGACCUCAACAUGUUCAUUCGACCGGCGGACUGGAAGAGAGAGCUGGAGAGAUGCGAAUGUCCGCAUUGGAGGAUAACUUGCAUUAACGGGACAUCUGAUGCUUUUAUGUUGACUGCGGGCGAGACGCUGAUUGUGCCUAGUUCUGUGCUGGACUAUAAUCUCAUGGAGAGCGCGAGGCAUUUCAGAUCAGGACGGGUGCCAGUGUGGGCAUGGGGGCGGAGCGCGGGAGCCGCGCUGCUGAGGAGCGCAGAGUUACUGCCCACGGAGCAAGCUGCCACCGCUGAGAGCGUGCUGCUCGAACAGGUCCGACGCUCCCACCCCAAGCUGACCCCACCGCAUGUGAUAUACCUAUGCGGGAACAGCUUUCAACAGCCGAGCAACGCCGCGAGCCCGAACACUGCCUUAACUCCACUACCGACCUUAGGGGCGCUUCAGGCCUCAUACAAGAAGCUAGUCGAGUUGUGCACGCCAACGACGUUAGGCGGAUUCUGGGUACAAGAUUCACAAUAUUACUCCCUCAUGGAGGCGAGCCGGUGGCUGCGUCAUGUCGGCAGCUGCGUGGCGUUCGCGGACUCGGCGGCCAAGCACCUCGCCGACAACGUCACCGUCGUGCUGCAGGAGGGUGAUGGCGUCGACUAUUGUGCGGUGGUGUCGUGCCUAACGCAGUUGCUUCUGGACCCACACUUCCGAACUAUAUCGGGCUUCCAGUCGCUCAUACAGAAAGAAUGGGUGGCGCUAGGGCACCCGUUCUGCGACAGGUUCGGCCUGCCCCGGCCCGGGAACCCCAAAGACUCCAAAGACACAACCGCCGCCCAGACAGCACCGGUCUUCCUGCUCUUCCUGGACUGCACGUGGCAGCUGCUGCAGCAGUUCCCGGACAAGUUCCAGUUCUCGGAGACGUACCUCACCACGCUGUGGGACUGCGCGCACAACCACCUCUUCGACACGUUCCUAUUCAACUGUCCGAGGGACCGCGAACUCGCCGUUGCCAAGAAUUUCGUCCAAAGGCCAGUUUGGGAUUGGGGCGAGCAGUUCUCCGAGAAGGACAAAGCGUUGUUCUACAAUCCUCUCUACAUGUCCGAUAAACCAGUGAUGACGCCAAAACAAAGGAUAUCAACCACAUCAAUGCCCGGUAAACCGUUGGAGCUACAGCGACUAGAACCUUGCACGUCGGUAGCCGGCAUGGAACUGUGGUCACAGUGCUACGAACGUUGGCUGCUUCCUUUGGACGCGCCGUACGCCGGCCCCGUGCAGUACCACGUGUUCAACUAUUCUGUUCUCGGCGAGAUACAACGACUAAACGAGAAGCUGUCUUCCCUGUCGAUAAUGAGCAACCGGCAGUCCAACGGCGACUGGGACGAGCCUACACGGCCCGCCGCCGUCUCGCGUUUCUUUCCCUUCAGCGUGGCGCGCGGCAAUUCGCGUAGCACACUCGACUGCAUGCAGGUGAGCCUCAUCGACGCCUCACAGCUCCUGGACUCCCAGUCUCUUCUGAAUGCCCCAGACUAAUUCCCCAAAUUGUUACUAGAAAAUGUGCUUUAUGUAUACAUUUCCACGAUUGCGGAAUAAAUACGCGAAAGAUAGAGAAUGUCAUUAUGCAAUAUGAACUUAUUCAACGUAAUGUCUUUUAUGUUGGCUACUGGUUUUGAACCUUAACAGAAUGUGCGUAAGGUUAUUUAUAUUGAUUCGGUCAAAGUGCCAAAAUUGUGCCUAAAACUUGUGUCAUGUUACUCAUGUUGUGGCACUUCGUCCGUAUCGUUAUUAAUGGUAUAUUACUUGUUGAAAACUAAACAGUAAAAUGACGUUUACCCAUAACGUAGAAUUAUAGAAAACAUUUUCCAGUAUAUACUUAGUAUGUAUAAAAGGCGCCAUUUCAUUUAGUAUUUUUUAUAUUUUGUCAUCGAGAAGCGGCUCCAAAAAAUUGCAUGUUGCAAACAUAUAAAAUUUAUCGUAGUUAUGUAAAUAACAACAAUUUUUUUUUUCAAUACACAAAGCUACAUAACGAAUUAAUGAGUAAGGUUUAAGUUAGUUCCUUUCUGCAGAACUACAAUCAAAUAUGCUUUUAUUGAACAAGCAGUAUGUUUUUAUAAAAACAAUUUUAUUACAAUUUUUUUGCAGAAUAUAAAUAUAAUUUAACGAAAUAUAUGUUUAUUUUUUUAUUUAGCAAUGACGUACAUAAUUAAAGCAAGGAGUGUAUAUAGUCUUAGAGUUAUAAUAUUAAUAAAUGUAAAUUAGUGAAACUGUCAUAUCGGUACAGAGCAAAUUCUAACAAAUAAUGUUCUUAGGUAUAGUUUCUAUAAAUAUAGCGAGUGUGAAUUAUUUUUUUAAGUUAUCUUAAGCUAUGAUUUGAUUAUACCUAUUAUAAUAUUCCAUUGAACAAAAUAGUGAUAUUUUUAUAAUUGUGAAAUGGUAAAUUGUGUAGCCAUUAUUUUUUUUUAUUUAAAGAUAGAUACAUAAUAAAAGAGACUUAUUGAGUGUAUUUAAAUAAAGCCAAAAGUGGCUUCUAAGUAUUUCGGUCGUUAUUAUGCAUACUAUUUUAGCGCUACAAGAAAAAAACAAAAAAGUGUAUUGGUAUAACUUCGAAAAUGAGGUCAUUUUGAAAAUAACCACAGCCGGUUAAAAUUUUGAAAAUGAAACGAUAACACUUCGCGCCUACAUUUUUGAAAUUUGCCACUUUUUUCUACUGAUGAAAAUGGCUUGACAGAGUAUAGAAGCAUUUCCUGUUAAAGCUACUAAGUAAACCUUGUUAAGCGAUGCAGAUGCCUGUUUCCAAAGUAAUAGUGCUUCUGAUUUAGUAGAUACGACCCGCGCCGGCUUCGCAUGGGUAUACCUUAACUAAUUAUACACCUAAACCAGUAGUUGGCAAACUAUCUUCAUGGGUGGCCCCCCUGUUUAAAACAAUUAAGAGGGCCAAAAUUGCAGCAAAAAUGUUGAUUUGCGAUUAUCGUGGGCCAAUGCCAUAUAUUCAUUAUUUCAUACGACCAGCGGCGGAACAGAUAAAAUCCUGCGGGUCGUACUUUGCCCACCACAGACCUAAACCUUCCUCAAGAAUAGAUAGAUAAUUGAUAGAAGAAAACCGCAUGAAAAUCCGUUUAGUAGUUUUUGAGUUUUAUCGCGAACAUACAGACAGACAAGCGGGGGAUUUUGUUUCAUAAUGUGUAUAAAUAUUAGUGAUUUUCAAAAUGCCCCGUUUUCGACGUUAUUCCAAUACACCUUACUAAUAGUGUUUUAAUUUUGGGUUCCAUCGGACCUGAGUUAAGUAAAUGCUUUAUUUACAUUUAAAAAAAUCAAAUUAAAUAAUUAUUUAAUUCACACAUGAAUUAGUGUUAUUUGGCCUUUACGGCUUAAAUUUGCAAGAUUCGGUCAAGGCUUUUAUCACUAUUUUUGAAAGCAUGUGUACAAUUAUUAGAGAAAAUUAGCGUCGAAGAGUUAUAAGAAAAUAAUCUUUAAAAAAUACGUACAAUUAUUUCAUUAGUCUCGGAUAUUUCAUUUUAAUAUAUUUGUUACCAUUAAAAUGUAUUGUAUUGUAACCUAUUUGUGGAAACCAAAAUAAUCAUAAAGUAAUGUACACUUUCGUUGUGAAUACGGCAGCUACCGUGUGUUUCUCGACGAUAUGAAGAAUUUUAAAUUAUAAAGGUUUGUUUUCUGUACCUAAACCAAUAUUUCUUUAGUAUUCUUAUUUUCUGUAUAAAACUACUUGGAAGUUUUCGUCUAAAGUUAUCCGUAAAAAAUACGCAUUUCACACAUAUUUUUGUUUAUUUACUAACAAUAUUCUCAGAAGCCUUUUUAAACAUUUUCAUAAAAAAAGUAACAAUCAGGUUUAAGUGUCCGAACAAGCUCGGUUCUCCAUACAAAUGUAGUUACGCUCUCAUUUUAAUACGACUAGCUAGAUUGUUCUGAAACUUUGUACUUACAAUAGGAUAAGGUAUAUCUAUGCCUGUAAUUAGUUUAUGUAGCGUCAGAUACCAUAGUUAAAAAAUACAGCGAAUUGAAGUUUUUCAUACAAAACUUGUGUUUGCUCUAUUUCGUUUGGUUCAUAAACUGGACCUAUAUAAACUAAUUACAGGCAUAGAUAUACCACAUGUCAUUGUAUGUGCAAAGUUUCAUUACGAUUCACGACGAUACUUGUAUAGGAAGGUGAAAUUCGGCCGAAAUUGCUGCGGAUUCGUAGUUAUCUACUUAGACUUACUAUACACAAAUAAUUUAUUACUAUACCAUUGAAAAUAUCAUAACGGUUUUAUUUGAUGGAGACCGACUUGAUCAUAAAUUCAUAAUAUGGUCGGUUGAGAAUUCCAUUUUGACUCGAUAAAUGACAAAAGGUGACGUAGCUACUAGGGAAUGCUCCCCGUACUGAGUUUGUAUGACGAGAACCGGGAAUUCCCGGUUCUGGUACCGGGAGCACUCCUUAGUAGCUACCAUACUGCCCUGCUAAGCUAAAAUAGCAGUAUUAUAAAUAAAAAUUGAAUUGAAAUAUUCAUUUUCACCACACCAGCUCGUAAAGGUUCUCUUGAUUGUUCAAAAACUGAUGAGAAAGUUGCAUUUUAUCCACAUGUUUAGAAAAGUAACGCCUACGUACCUGGUUCAAUCUUGGAAUCUUUCGCUUGCUCGGGUAUCAAUAUUAGCACGAGCGGUUAAACAACAACUUUGCCCCCUUGUUAGACAAAUAACAAUUUCAAGUUUUGAGAUACCACCUUCCCUCCCAUGUCAACAAAAUUUACUUAUGUAUUAUAUAAUAUAUUAUUUACUAUAGUAAUAAUGGCAGCUCUUGGACUGAUGAUGACUUCCUCUAGGAUCGAGCGUGGGAGCCACGGGCUUAUAGAUAUAUCAGGUAGAAAAUAGGAUAGCAUCAUGGACUUAUUAAACAAGAAGUCCAACAACAUCUAUACAAAGUCGCGUUCCUCCAAUAUUCAGCUUUUUGCCAGAUGGCGUCACUAACUCAGCAGGACCCCGUUCCGUUCAUUUUCCAAAUGACUUAAUUUCCGUUCAAUAGAUGGCGCUGAAUAUUGAAAAAAAAACGAUUGUACCAUAGAUAAAUUAAGUACCUUAAAAGUAGCAUACAUAUUAUGAAAUAUAUCUUAAAAAAUGCGAUACAUUUCGCAACCCCGCUGUAUAAGGUUCCCGCUGUAAUGUUCUUUAUAAGAACGAUUUUAUCUGAGAGCCUACCGUGAACACCGAAGUUCGCAAUUUUCGGCCAUCUUUCUCUGUCACUCUAAUUAAGUCUUAACAGGAGUAAAAGAGAAAGAUGCCCGCAAUUUGCGAUUGCGAAGUUCGAUUUUCGCGGUUAUAGCCCGUUUUGCCUUGACCGUAGGAUUGUCUUUGACUUAACGAAACCAUGCAAUGGUUUCAGCGAUCGCUCCUCGAGUCUAACUUGGCUAUAUUUGCACUGAAAUUGACUAUAAUUCCAUUUAAUUUCCUUCUUACACUUUGAUUUAUAAUGUUCCUGUGUUUGCUAUUCCUCGUUAUUUUAGGCAUUAGAAAACACCAAGUAGG